AUGAGGAUCUCCCAAUUUCUCUCUUUGGGCCUGGUCCUUCUGGGCGCUGUCGACGCUGCUCCAGUCGAACAGCGUGGUACUGCUGUUGAUCCUACGAACAAUCAAGCCGGAUGGGGAAGACGCAGCGAUACCAGUGUCGACCUUGCUGAUAACGAAGCUGGUUGGGGCAGACGAGGCACCGCAGUUGACCCUACGAACAACCAGGCAGGCUGGGGAAGACGAGGUGAUACAUCUGUGGAUCUCGCUGAUAACGAGGCUGGUUGGGGCAAACGCGAUACUGCAGUAGAUCCUACGAACAAUCAAGCUGGCUGGGGCAAAAGAGGAACUGCAGUUGACCCUACCAACAACCAGGCAGGAUGGGGAAGACGUGGUACCGCAGUUGACCCUACCAACAAUCAGGCUGGCUGGGGCAGAUAA